UUUAAAUUAAAUCUACAUAGAAAAAACACAAGAUACACUUUCAAUCAGUGCAUCAACCCAAACAACCUCCCCCAUGCACACUCAUCCACACCCACUCACACAAAAGGGGUUAUUUCUUUCUGCUACCAAUAUUCUGGUUCCCACAACAUAGACAACACAUCUGCAAGGGACACAGUCCCUGAAGCACACAUGAUUGUAUAGGCUGCUGGUCCACUAACAUUUUCAUUAAUUACUAUUUUUUAUGUAAUUAUUUUUAUAUUGUUUUACUUUCUUUUUUAUCCAAGAAAAUGUUUAUUUAUUUAUCUUAUUUUAUUUUAUUUUUAAAAAAAGGGCCUUAUAUUCAACAGACCAGGUUUUCAAUGAAAUUAGAUUUGUUUAAAGGCCUACUGAAAUGAAAUUUUUUUAUUUAAAUGGGGAUAGCAGAUCUAUUCUAUGUGUCAUACUUGAUCAUUUCGCGAUAUUGCCAUAUUUUUGCUGAAAGGAUUUAGAAUAGAAAAACGACGAUAAAGAUCGCAACUUUUGGUAUCUGACAAAAAAAAGCCUUGCCCCUACCGGAAGUAGCGUGACGUAGACAAUUGAACAUAUCCGCAAAGCUCCCUAUUGUUUGCAAUGAUGGCCGCCAGAUCUGAGAGCGAUUCUGACCGAGAUAGCGACGAUUUCUCCAUUAAUUUGAGCGAGGAUGAAAGAUUUGUGGAUGAGGAAAGUGCAAGUGAAGGACUAGUGGGGAGUGGAAGCGAUUCAGAUAGGGAAGAAGCUGUGAGAGGGAUAGAGCCAUACCGCUUUGAACCCGACGCUGAUGAAGACGGUCAGGAGGACGCUGCUGCUAUUGAUGCUGGAGGAGCACACGACAUAGAUCGCCUUGAGAAUACAGAAUGGUGUACAUGUCAAAACUGUGUGAACAUGGAGACAGUGGCUGAGUGUGUCUGCUGUAGUGAAAUAGAGGCAGUGACCAGAACGAUGGAGGAGGAGGGGGUGAAGACGUGCAUCAUAGACCACCAUGGCUUUCCAUCUGUGUGUCUGGAUGAAUGGGUGCUGCAGACAGCGUAUAACGCCUACAAACAGCAAUAUGGCAUGCUGCAGCAACAGCAAAAUGAGCGGAGACGACACACAGCCUAUCGACAGUUUGUCCGCUUCUGCUGGGGAUAUCUGGGAAAGGACAUAAGGGUGGUACUACCAGCUUGUGUAGUACAUAAGAUUAGGACAACAUUCCCAUCGAUGGACUACACGGGGUUCCAAGACGUGCAGUGACUGCAACAGAAUCUACAUGGCCACUGUACUUAAUCAAUAAAAUCAAUCAAUCAA